CUGCCCUGCUCCGCGCCCGGCUCCGGGCAAAGUCCCCCCGCUGCCCGGCCGGGCCCCCGCCGCCCCGCCGCGAUGUGGCUGCUCCUCGUCCUGCUGCCGGCGGCCGCGCUGCCCGCCCGGGGCUGCCGGGCGCCGGGGGAGGCGGCGGUGCGGGUGCUGAGCGCGCGGCUGCUGGGGCUGGCGGCGGAGCUGGGGCUGGACGCUGACCCUGGUGUCUACGUGGGCCUGCGCCUCGCCGGGGAGCAUGACCUGCGCGCCGAGCGGCGCUACCUGGAGCGGCUGCGGGACACCUUCCAGGGACGCUACGGCCGGAGCCUGGAGUCAGCCAGCCACUCGUCCCACGGCCAUCGCCACCGGGAUGCCGAGCACAGCACGGACACCAGGGCGGCAGCGCAGUGGCCGGAGACGGGGCGGCUGGCGCUGUACCUGCUGGGGCUGCGGGCCACCUGCCCCCCGCCGGACCCCAGUCCCCAGCGCUUCCUGGUGACGUGGCUCAAGUACUACCUGGAGAAGGACUGGGAAGGAUCCAGGCGGCAUGGCCACCCCCUCACCAGUUACUACCAGUACAGCCUGGGCGUGCUGGCGCUGUGUGUCCACCGCAAGCGGGUGCGCGAGGAGGUGAUCCAGCGGCUGCUGGUGGCCGAGCAGCACAGGCGGUUCCGGCACGCGGGCAGCAGCACCGUGGACACGGAGGCUGUGGCGGCGCUGGCCUUCGCCUGCCUGGAGCGGGAGCAGCUUGUCAGGCCCAGGCUGGCAGCGGAGCUGCGGGCAGCUGUGCGUGGCAUCAGGGCAAGGUUCGUGGCGGCGCAGAGUGAGGACGGCUUCAUCGGCAACGUCUUCAGCACCCCCUUGGCCAUGCAGGUCUUCAUCGCCACCAACAGGUGCAGAACGCAGCCGGCGUACGGCCGGGCCACGGCCGCACUGCUGCAGCGCCUGGACGCCUUCACCAGCGCCGCGGCCAUGGCCCAGGCACUGCCUGUGUUGCACGGCCGCAGCUACCUGGACAUCGCCUCCAUGCAGUGCAAGGAGGAGCUGGACACGCUGACGCCCCUUGCCCUUGAGCCGCUGCCCGUGGGGCCGGGGAACAUGAUGGUGCGGCUGGUGGUGGAGUGCCCGGUGCCACUGUGUCCCCAGCACCUGCUCUAUGACCUCCCGGUGCCCGUGCCCACCGGCGCCUCCCUCCUGGACCUGCUCGGGGCGGCCCCAGCGCAGGGACCCCAAAAUUUCACGUUUGAGACCCAGGACACCCCCCAGGGCCCCUUCCUGACCUCGGUGCUGGGCCUGGCAGCGCAGCCGCAGGAGCGGCACUACUGGCAGCUGCUGGGUGGCCUCGGCACCAGCCUGCAGAUGGGCGUUGCUGACUACAGACCGGAGGACGGGGAGACCGUCGUCCUGCGCCUGAGCAAGUGGUAGGCGGGGGGGGCCCCGCUGCUGCCCCAGCUGAUGGGGGCGAUGACAAUGAAACUCUGCAGCAUC